AUGGAGACAACGAGUUACACUCGCAGCAAAACCACCGAUUUUUUCUACAAGAUCAACUUCGUGAUCUACUUAUUCGGAAUGCCUAACUUCUGGAUAGAAGAUCUAAAGUUAUCCAAAACAUUUGUCAAAAUCUACGACAAGUUUUCAGCUUUCAGCAAUGGCUUGAUAUACAUAAUGAUACUUUCUGAGAUCGGGUCAUUCUUCACGCAAACCAAUUUAACUGAGAAGCAGAUGUCUAAUCUGUUGGUUUUCGCGAUCUCUCACCCGAUGCUUUGUUCAUUUAGUAUUAUGAUGUCGAGACUCAAGAAGAAAAUAAGGCUGGUGAUGUACAGUCUAGCUGUAAGCCUGAAGAGAGAGUACAAUGACCCCGAAGUGGAGAAGCACAUGAUAGCUCACUCCCUCACUUACGUGUCAGGCUUGUCUGUAAGCUACGUGAUGACGAUGAUCAUGUUUGCGGUAAACGCAUUCUGGGACAUGAUGCAAAACGGUAUAGUAUCCACCCACUCUUUUACUGUUUCAGUGAUAGUUUCUAUAACCACCAAAAUAAGUUCGUUUUGCUAUCCAUUUCUAGGCUCAACAUUCACCACUAUUGUGACUGCUUAUCCACUCGUUGACGACCGCUCUGGGCUGGCUGACGUAGCCAGAGCCUUUUUCUUCGUAACCUGGUGGAUCUUCGUCACUAGAUUUUUAGCGGUAUAUAUGCUAGUCAUACCUCUGACUACCAGCCUUGGCUAUCAGUUCAAGAACCUGCAAAGCUACUUUAGCAGCCUCGCUGAUAUAUUUGAUAGCAAAGAGUUGAGCCAAGCAGAGAAAGAAGAAAAAUAUGAGGCAGGUUUUAAAGUUGGAAUUAAAGUUCAUACGGAGACUUUGAGGUGUGUUAAGGAUACGCAAGAUGUGUGUCGAGGAGUGUUCAGCGGGCAGAUCAUCUUCAACAUCGUGUUAUUGAUCAUCUUGAUGGCGCGGAUGGUCACUUCGGAGCGAACGCUGGUGAACAUAUUCGGCACCGUGAUUACUAUCGGUGCUGUGCUGGUCAGCACCGGCCUCUACAUGUGGAACGCUGGUGACGUUACCGUCGAGGCUUCUCGUCUGCCGACUUCGAUAUAUUUCUCAGGCUGGUAUAAUUGCCGAGGGCAGUCUUUGGUGCGUCUGCGCAAUCUUAUUGUUAUAACUAUGGCUAGUGCCCAGCGACCAGUGGUGCUCAAAGGGCUUGGAUACAUAGACCUUUCGUAUCAGUCCUACAUAACGAUCGUGAAGUCGUCCUACUCCGUUUUCUCAGUGCUGUAUUAG